ACCUUCUAAUAUUCUACAGAAUAUGUUCAUUUGUUACAUUUAUUGUUUAUUUUCUCUUGGCUCUCCUGAGAACAUCAGCCCCUGUCCCAUCCCUACUAGCCCAAACAGAGCCUUGUACACAGUAGGUGUUCAAUAAGUGCUUGCUGGGUGAAUGGAGGAAUAAAUGAGUGAAUGCUCCUCAGCCCAGAGUUGCAACUCGCAGAGUUGUGAACCUGCUGUGUGACCCUGGCCUGUGCCUCAGUUUCUUCAGCUGUAGAAAUGGGGCCAUGCCACCUGCCACCUCUCCAGUCCCUCCUGCUGCAAGGCUGUGGGUGUCUGGUUUGCAGCUCUGCUCCCUGGGGCCUGCUCUGGCUCCCGCUGCCCAGCUCAGCCAGCUCCCAGGGGACCCACUCUGAGGACACUGGAUUCUUUCCUGGAUCAUCCAGCCACCUGGCUGACACUCGAUCCCAGCCCCACUUCCAGGUCAGCGUCCGGCCGACCAGCCCGGCUUGGACCAGGGCCCCAAGACUCCCUGCUGAGGGACAAGGGGCCGUCUGUGUGGUCACGGUCACGGGAGGGUGUGGGUGGCCAGGGCUCUGCCAACACAGGCGGAGGCCGUGAAGGUUGGGGACAGUGCCUGGGCCCGUGGCCGGCAGAGCUGCUGCGGCUGAGGAAACGGCACCAGGCCCCUUGGGUGCUGCCCACAGCCCCUCACCUCUCACCAUGCGGACCCUCAGCUGUGACCCCGCUCCACGACUGACCACCGUGCCCCUGGGCCGAAGAGCAAGCGAGUGCCAGAUUCCGGAGACCGGCCUGAGGAAGUCCUGCAGGAUGGCCACUCUGGAGAACGGCUCGGGGCCAGGCUUGUACAUCCUGCCGUCCACUGUGGGCUACGUCAACCACGACUGCACCAGGGUGGCCAGUCCUGCCUACUCGCUUCUCCAGAGGCCCAGUGAGGCACCUCUGCAGGACACCAGCCCCGGACCAGUCUACUUCCUGGACCCCAAAGUCACCCGCUUUGGCCGCAGCUGCACCCUUGCCUACUCCAUGCAGGGCCGGGGCAAGCCUCGGGAUCUGGAGGUGACGCCAGGCCCUGGGGCCUACAGCCCAGAGAAGGCACUCCCUGUGUGUCACCGGACAUCCCCAGCUUUCACGCUGGGCUCCCGCCUCCGCCCGAGGCCCCUGGAUAACUCAGCUCCUGCCCCGAAUGCCUACACCAUGCCCUCUCUCUGGGGCUCGCAGAUCUUCACCAAGCCCAGCAGCCCCAGCUACACAGUGCUGGGCCGAACGCCCCCCACCCGCCCCCCACAGGAUCCUGCUGAGAUCCCAGGCCCAGGCCAGUACGAUAGCCCAGACCUGAACACUUACCGUCAGCGCCGGCCGGCCUUCACCAUGCUGGGGCGGCCCCGUGCAAUGCGCCUCCUGCAGGAGACACCUGGCCCUGGCACCCACAGCCCAGAGCAGGUCACUGUGAACAAAGCCAGGGCCCCAGCCUACACCAUGGGCAUCCGCCACUCGAAACGGGCCACCACCAUGGCCACUGACACCAUGCCCUGA